AUGAACCAGUCAUUUUCAAGCAACACAGCCUUGCAUUUUGUUGACUUAGAUUUCAGAGACUUCUUGGAUUUUCCUCAACCUUCUCCAGUCCGAGUUCCUGAAGGCCUUGUAGAUACUGAGGAGCCUUUUUCAACUCGGCGAAAAUCCACCUCUGGCCGCAAGCAAAUCGUGGACACCAAAAUCCUUAACCGCUUUGAAAGCCUCUCCAAGCCAAAGCCUCCUAAAAAGGAAUACCUCCGCUGCAAGAUGAUAAGAGGCCACAAGCGGGCCAACCGACAAAUAGAAAAAGGGACUCUUCCUCAGAAGACAUUAUAGGCUAUGAUCUCUUUUGGUUUUCUUCUGAAAAUACCUUACUUUUUAAAGCGAUUUUUUUAUAAAAAUAUAAAUUUAGGUCUAAAAUAAUUCUAUAUGAGAGUCUUUACUAUAAAUGUUUUCUCAGACAAAGCUCAAAGUUACUGGGAUCAACUGACCAAAUGCUUCCACCUCUACCGACAUAUACUAAGUGAGGAAAGCAAGACUGAAGCUGGACCCAGGACUGACGGCAAAUCAAAGCGCACCUGUGAAGAAAACGGGCUACAAAAGAGCUUUAAUGGGAAGUUCUGUAAGAAAUACUUUGAGCCGAUCCAGGUGAGGGAGUCUUAUUUUUAUUACACAGAGUACAUUUUUUCAGAGUUCGACCCUGAUGUUUUGUGCAAAAAAUUCAAGUUAAGGUGCUGCCGAGCUCCUCAGCAUACUUCUGAGUGUAUGAAUAGUUGGAAAUUGCUGAAGUUUUACGUGCAAAAGAUCAUGUUCGACAACAUUGGGAUUGAGCCUUGGAUGUCGUUGGAAAUGUCUUAUGAAAUUUUCUUAGGUCGAAUUUUUUUAUAGUAGAAAAAACUUUUAAGAGCUGUUUAAGUGCUUUAUAAGGAAAAAAAAAUGACUGAGGAACGCCACAUUGAAAAAUGUCUGAUAAAACAGCAUGCACCGGUUGGAAAGCACUGAUGCUUCAAGCUUCUCGGCUUCAUCAGGAAGAAAUGUGGAAAAAGGGAUUGAUGAGAUUAUUGAUGUGUGCUCUCCUCAGGAUAUUAGGGAUGAUUUCUGCUUGUUUAAAGAAGUGGAGGAUGGGGAUAUUGAUCCUGAUCUGUUCUUUGGAUUGUAA